UAAUGCAAUACAAUUUCUCUAGUGUAAAUUAAAACUAUUAUACACAAAAUAUUAUUUCAAUAACAACCGAACCGGCAUGAAAACUUUAAGUGCAAAUAUUUUAUGUUGCAGUUGUAAACUGUAUAAACUUGGCCUAUUAAUUGCAUUUUUGUAUUUGAUACCAAAUUUAAUAAUAAUUGUUUGUUUUUUUGCCAAUGAUUAUGAUGUCUACACUUUGCCCUUUAUGUGCGCCCUAGUUGUACUUACAUCGUUAUUACUGAUCAAGGGUUUAAUGGAAGAUCGUCAUGAAUUCCUUCUACCCUGGCUGGCCAAUAUUGCAGUUUUGAUAUUAUUCAAUAUUAUUUUUGUUGCUUGUCAAUUUGGCGAACUUAAUCGGGAAGGAACUAAAGAAUCAUUUUAUUUGGAAUUUGGUCUCUUUAUUGCUUUAGAACUUCAAAUUUUAUGUUGGUACAUUAUCUAUAACCUACUGAUAAGAGGUAUUCAAAAGCAUAAACGACAAGCAGGAGCUAUUAGAGCCCUUUCGGAAAUUGUCGAAGCUCAGGACAAGGAUUAUUAUAAAGUUAAUCUAAUUGCUAAUGAGCAUUUAGGUGUUGAAAAGAAAGUUAUUUCUGUUUAAAGUUGAAUAAUGAAGAUUUGUUAAUUUAAUGAAAAAUAUCUUCUGAUUAAAGCAUUUAAAA